AAGCAGGCGUGUGUUGAAUUUCUCUUUGACCCUCACGGUGGAAUAAACAGGAAGCGGAGAGCACCCAGCCGGCCUCUGCGUUUGGUUGUGGCUCUGCGCUCUACGGGCUGAAGGAGGCUUCCCGGGACCCCUGCCCGGCGUGCCGUCUGGGCACGGCUGGGGGGCGCGCCCUGGAUAAAUAAAUUACUGCUGUCUGCAACACGCUUGCACUGCAAACCCACUGUGCAGCCCAGCUGGCCGUGUACCGCUCCUGGGGCCUGGUGGAAGUGCAGCUGCUCAGGAGGCCCCUGCCUGGAGUGCUGAGACCUGGUUUAGAGGUGAAAAGGGCUGCCCACCCCUGUCCACUCCUGACUCCAUCUUGGUCUUCUGGUCCAUACCCACAUUCUUCUUCCCAGGAAAGGGAAAGGUUCGUAGCUGCACAGAGUCUGAGGUAUUCUGCAGCCAAGUUCCAAGCUGUUUACAGUCAUGUUCUUGAUACAGCAUUCCAGGCCCUCCAUCUGCAGCAUCAGACCACCUUCUCCUGUUGGACUGUUCGUAGGAGCAGACCUGAGGCUCCGUGUCAUUCAGAGCAAGAACAGAAGCAAAGCAGAGAGAGCAGCAGAUCAGAGCAGCCUGUGAACCAUUUUGAUGAGGCUGAGCCUGCUCACUGUGUGGAAGAUGUUGGCGACCGCGAGGCCCAGGAGCCCUUCACUUUGAGGCGGGAGAGCGGAUUUCAGCAGGACAGCUUCUUUGUUCCCGACCUCACCAUGGCCUCAACUCUCUGGCUGGACGGCUGAUGAGAGUGUGUGUCCUACAUGCUGUUGGAUUGUGUAGCAUCCCGGUAGUGCCUGCUCUCGGGGUGUGGGAGCACAGUCAGAGGGCAUCAGAUGCUCCCAAAAGCUGGACCAGCAGAGUGAUGGACUUGGACAGGCUAAGAUGGAAGUGACCUGAGGCCUCGCCCAGGCAGUUUCUUCAUCACAGGACAGCUUAAGAAUUGAAACACAGGCUUGUCUGGGGAGCAGUAUGCAGGAAGCUGGUUUUCAGGCCACAAAUGCGUUCACAGAGUGCAAAUUCACCUGCACCAGCGGUAAAUGCUUGUAUCUUGGUUCACUGGUCUGUAACCAACAGAAUGACUGUGGGGACAACAGUGAUGAAGAAAACUGUCCCCUGGUGACUGAGCAUCCGCCUCCAGGCAUCUUCAACUCGGAGCUGGAGUUCGCACAGGUGCUCAUCAUUGUCGUGGUGGUCACGGUGAUGGUGGUGGUCGUUGUGUGCCUACUCAACCACUACAAAGUCUCCACACGUUCCUUCAUCAAUCGCCCCAACCAGAGCCAGAGACAGGAAGACGGGCUGCAGCCGGAAGGGUCCCUGUGGCCUUCUGACAGCUCCGUGCAGCGGCCAGGCCCUUCAGAGAUCAUGUGUGCCCCACGGGGCAGGGAGAGGUUCACCACCCCAGCCUUCAUCCAGCGGGAUCCGUUCAGUCGUUUCCAGCCCACCUACCCCUAUGUUCAGCACGAGAUCGACUUGCCUCCCACCAUCUCCCUGUCAGACGGGGAGGAGCCGCCUCCUUACCAGGGACCCUGCACUCUACAGCUCCGGGACCCAGAGCAGCAGAUGGAACUCAACAGAGAGUCCGUGAGGGCCCCACCCAACCGAACCGUGUUUGACAGUGACUUGAUAGACAUUUCUAUGUACAACGGGGGACCAUGCCCACCCAGCAGCCACUCUGGCGUCAGUGCAGCUACCUGUAGCAGUAACGGGAGGAUGGAGGGGCCGCCCCCGACCUACAGCGAGGUGAUGGGCCACUACCCAGGCACUUCCUUCUUCCAGCACAGCACACACAGGGGCAGCAGCAGACCACCGUUUCAGCCGAACAACUCAGAGGGCACAAUAGUACCCGUCAAAGGCAAAGACAGGAAGCCUGGGGACCUGGUCUGAUCGCCUCCACAGUGCACUUUUCAAGGAGAGAGAAACCUCGGCAGGGAGAGAGAGGCCUGCAGGCUGGCCCUGCCUCAGUGGCUGUCCGGCUUUACGUGGUAAAGCUGAGUAAAACCAAAUGUGCAAACGCGGUCUUCGUUUCUGAUUCCUUUCACGGGAAUUGCAUGCAAACAAGACUGAAACCAUUCAAACUUCCAUCAGGUCUGACCACAAACAGUGUUCAUCUUGGGGCAGGGGUGGAGUCAGGGCUAGAGAUGGCAUGAGCUUGGCAAAGGGCAUGCAGAGAGAACCGAGAAGGCUGCUUUGAAGACAUCAUGAAAGUAAGACCCACAGAGGUAUUUUUGACAUAUUUAAUUCCAAAAGGAGACUGCAGAUACACGAGGCCAGAACGGCCUGUUUUAUAAUUAACUGAAUACAGAAGGAAGAAGUAUUAUAUAUUAUCAUGGGGAAGAAUCAGCCAGUUUGCUUUUUCUCCAAAGGUGUGACACUUUUAUUUUGUUUUAAAAAUAUGAGUCAAAACUCCUGUUUUGUGUGCCAAGGUAUAAAGUUGGAGAAGUCAGGCGAGUGAGAGGAACUAAUUUGUGUUGUGACGGUAUGUUUUAAGAGUUGCACUAUCUAUAACGUUUAAAAUAUGGAUGAGGGAACUGUGUCAUGUGAGGUUCUGUAUGUUGUCUUGUCGCCUAUGGAUGGCUAUUAUGCCCAAGGAACACCUCGAAGUGUCCACAGGGUCACACAAGAAAGGCAUUUGGGGAUGUAUGUGCCCCGGUGUUUACCAAGUUGCAUACAUUUAAAGAGUGCUUAUGUUGCAAGUUUGCAGCCAGAAGCGUACUACUGAGGUAUGCGGAGGGGUUGGUGAAGGGAAAACACCUGCGCUGCGUGUCGAGCGUCCUGCAGAGCUAGCCUUAUUCCCAGCACCGUCAGCAAGUGUUUAGACUUUUUUCACUGUAGCAUGAAGUAUAUUCAGAUACAUACCCUAUUUUAUGCAAUAAAUUGUUUAAAAUGCAA